UGCAAGAAUAUGACCCUCAGUGCUCAUAGCAAGCUACUUAUAUAAAGCAAGAGCCAAGAGGGAAGAAGCAAGCAGUUAGUACGUAAAGAGGGACGUAAAGGACAAUGAAGCCUAUUAUUCUAUUGCUGGCCUUCGGGCUCCUUGCAGGGGCCCAGGCCAGAUCCUUUUUCAAAGAGCAGCCCAAAACAAAAUGGGAGUCAGCAAUAGACAGCUUCUGGCAGACACUCAACAAAAUGGAGGAGGCAGCUGAUGAGACCAGAGCAAACAUGAAAGAUUCUCCAAUCAGCAAAGAACUGGAUGUUCUAAUCAAAGAUACAAUGGAGGAGCUUAGCAAUUAUGCUGAAGAUCUGAAGGGCAAGGUUAGUCCCAUGGCUCAAGAUGCACAGGAACGUUUUAAUGAGGAGAUUUCUGCUCUUGCAGAUAAACUCAAGGCAGACAUGGAAGAUACUAAGUCUAGGGCCAUUCAAUACUCAGGUGAUUUGCGCAUGAUGUUUGAUCAGAAUAUAGAGGAUGUCCAGGGAAAAGUUAGCAUGUACAUGAAGAAAUUAAAGAAGCGUCUUUCCAAGGACACAGAUGAUCUGAAGAAAAGGCUUGGCCAAUAUGGGGAGGAAAUUCAAAGAAACACUGAGCAGAAGAUGGACAGUAUCCGAAAGAAUGUUGAGCCUUACCUAUCCAGCAUUAAGGAAAAAGGACAGCAGCGCCUUAAGAAUCUGAAAGAUGUCAUUGAUGACCAAGGGAAAGAACUCAGAGAUAGAUUUGCCUCCUUAGCCAAAGAUGUGCAGGGAAAGGUGAAGAAGACAGUCUCUGAUGUCAAAAGCAGUAUGGACAAAUUAGGAGAGCAGAUGCGCAAAUGGUUCAAUCCCAAUAUAGAAAGCCUUCGGAAGCAGCUACAAUCCUUGGCCAGUAGCCUGCAACCAAAGGGCAAGAAAUAAACCCAGGACAAAUAUUCAUAUAAAUAACCUAUCAUGUGUACCAUAAUCAAGUUGUUAUCCCUUAACAAGAGUUAUAGUCUAAGGGAAAUCUGUAAGGAUGUAACCAUUAUCAUUAUUUUCAAUGUUUUAUUUCAUUCCAUUUAGUAGAGUUAUUGGGGUUCAGUUCCAUAAAAACGAUAUGCUGUAAGAAGUAUAUGAGCAUAUCCUAUCUAUAUAAGACACCAAAGCUAGGCCCAAUCAGUAUUUAAGGAGCUUUUGAAGCCACAGGCAAUUCCUACUCAAAAUGAUGUAAAUAUUAAUUCAAGAUUCAACAGGCCUGUAUAGCUAACCUCUAACCUUUUACGUGUUAAAAAAAAAUAAAAAUAAAGAAAUGAAGAACCCUGGGCAUGAGCAUAUAGCCACAGGAAACAGUAAAUAUGGAACUUGACACUUCUCCACAUAACCUCUGUUUAAUUUUAUGCCACGUUUAACAACAAUCCAUAAUGAAAGGCAUUCUCCAGAAAGGGCUCUUUGCCUCAGGGCAAGCUGUAAACUGGACCAAAUGUUUCUCUGCAUUACAUAAAUUUAAUUGAGGAGUUAGCUGCAGAGAAUGGGAGGUACAGUAAUAUUGACUGACAUAAAGUUCUCCAUAUCAUCUUUUCUGAAAUGCACACGUUUCUAAAAUGUAUUAAAUUGUUGCCUUUGUAUAAAACUUAAUAUGUGGCUUUAAGUAAUCUAACGACUGUUGUCAUACAGGCUUGUUCUUUUUUUUAAAGAACUGGGGACAUGCAAUAAAGCACGUGCAUGGUGUGUGUCUUACAAUAAAGUUGCAUUCAGUAUUUCAUUUAUAGAUAAGCUUUAUUUCCUAUGUAGGCUCAUUGUGUGCUUUAAAAUAAAGAUGUGUUCUGUGUUUCCAUAUAUAUAGCAGCUGAUUUAAAAUAAAUAAUCCAUAUACUGUA